AUUUCACAGCCAGAGAACGUGACUGUAAUGGUUGCUCUCGCGAAAGCUGUGCCAAAACUUGCCUGCUCUCUGAAAGCUGCUCGCCGUCUCUUAACGUACAUUACGGUUUGCCGGUGGGGGCUAAGUCACCCGGAGCUCGUGAGAGCCACCGUUUGCAGAUUAAGAGUCGGCAGAAAACUUUGAAAAGAGUACCACCGCGGAGAAAUACAGCUGCGCGGCUGAACUUCCACCAGCAGACCGAGGGUACCGGGAGGAGGAGUCAACAGGUCCCAGAAAAAGGCCUCAUCCAAGCAAUAGAUGCAUGCAGUCCACCAGCCGGAAGCCCAGUUGGCCGAACAGCACACCACUCAAUCAGUCUGAACAGCCACACAAAGGGGCUGCUGGCGAGCAACAGAGACAGAAGCUGUAACGAGGAGGCCUGUCCAAGGAGAAGAGCUUUGGCUUGGCAUCAUGUAAUCUGUGCAUUUCCUAGGAGCACUCUGCAGUGUUAAUGCAUCUCUGCUCCCUUGGAAGCAUUAAGACCGCUGGCACCCCUAUCGCCACUCAUCAAAGUCACCUGUUCUUGACUCAACUUGCCUUCUGUCUCCCCUAUCCCCCACCCCCCCCCCUCCCCCCCUUUCAUCUUGACGAUAAGGAAUGGCCAUGCUAGUUUGCAGCCUCCCCAACGCCUCUUGCAAAUAAGGCCUUUCAACUUGUUUCACAAUACCAGAGAAAGGAAGGAUAAAACCCUCUACAGUCCUCUUUUAUACCAUUUAGCUGUGUUUCUUUGUUUCUUUGGUAACUCAACCCUUAACAAACACAUUCACUAAACUAUCAGGAUGUUUUUGUCUUGGUGACAUCUACACCAGCCGUUUUAAGGACACAAGCACUCAAGUUUCCAAACCAAAAGAAGAUUUUUUUUUUUUUUUUUUCCAAAGUUUGGCUGGCAGUCUUUUGGAAUAUCUCCUCAUGCAGUGUCCCUAUGGCGGAUUGAACCAGUACAGGAAUCCACACUGACUUCACUUUGGCUCUGUUAGAUCCUGUUAAGGUGGUUUUUCAGUGAGGUCUGUGACUGGAGGUGGACUGAGCCAUCAUGGCUGGGAAGGGCAACCCAUUGCCGGGCCCCCACCUUAACGGCUUUCCCAUGCCCACCUACUCCUACUUUUUCCCCCAUAUGCUGGGGAGCCUGUCGCCUCCAGCUCUGGCAGGACUGCCCAUCAGUGGGUACAGCACCCCCUCACCAGCCACGAUAGAGACCCAGAGUACCAGCUCAGAGGAGAUAGUGCCCAGCCCGCCAUCACCUCCCCCGCCACCCCGCGUCUACAAGCCCUGCUUUGUGUGCCAGGACAAGUCCUCAGGGUACCACUAUGGUGUCAGCGCCUGUGAGGGCUGCAAGGGCUUCUUUCGGCGAAGCAUCCAGAAGAACAUGGUGUACACGUGUCACCGGGAGAAGAACUGCAUCAUCAACAAAGUCACCCGUAACCGCUGCCAGUACUGCCGGCUGCAGAAGUGCCUGGAAGUCGGGAUGUCCAAGGAAUCAGUGAGGAAUGACCGGAACAAGAAGAAAAAGGAUGACAACAAGAAGCAGGAGUGCACAGAGAGCUAUGUGCUGAGUCCCGACACAGAACGAAUGAUCGACAGGGUUCGCAAGGCACACCAGGAAACGUUCCCCUCUCUCUGCCAGCUGGGCAAAUACACUACGAGUAACAGCUCAGAACGACGUGUAUCCUUGGACGUAGACCUGUGGGACAAGUUCAGUGAACUCUCCACCAAGUGCAUCAUAAAGACAGUGGAGUUUGCUAAGCAGCUGCCCGGCUUCACAACGCUCACCAUCGCCGACCAGAUCACUCUGCUCAAAGCUGCCUGUCUGGACAUCCUGAUACUCCGGAUCUGUACACGCUACACACCAGAUCAAGACACCAUGACUUUCUCAGAUGGACUCACGCUAAACCGAACCCAGAUGCACAAUGCAGGUUUCGGCCCCCUUACCGACCUGGUUUUUGCCUUUGCCAACCAGCUCCUUCCUCUAGAGAUGGAUGAUGCAGAGACAGGGCUGCUCAGCGCCAUCUGUUUGCUAUGUGGAGAUCGUCAGGACUUGGAACAGGCGGAGAAGGUGGACGUCUUGCAGGAGCCCCUCCUGGAGGCGUUGAAGAUUUAUGUAAGGCGGAGGAGGCCCCACAAACCACACAUGUUCCCCAAGAUGCUGAUGAAGAUCACUGAUCUGAGAAGCAUCAGUGCUAAAGGAGCUGAGCGUGUCAUCACCCUUAAGAUGGAGAUCCCCGGCUCCAUGCCCCCUCUCAUCCAGGAGAUGCUGGAGAACUCAGAAGGUCUGGAAAGCGGAGCCGCCGGCGGCCGGCCCAGUGGUGCCCCCCCAGGCAGCUGCAGCCCCAGUCUGUCCCCUAGCUCUGCCCAAAGCAGUCCAGCCACACAAUCGCCGUAGUAGCAACGGCCCACCUUUUUAUUAUCCACACGAUGCUCUCUGUCUCCUCCCUCAACGCUCUAAAGAGGAGGGGCGAAGGGGGAGGGGGGGCCUUGACCCUGAAUGCUGAACACAGGAGACUGGCAGAGCCAACCUCCUUCUCUGCUACGACACAAAUCCCCACCGCCUGAUCUGCUUUCCCCUCGCUCCGGAGCACCGUCCUGACGUGAGGGGAGGUACGGCCGGGGCAGGCCGGGGCAACAGGAUGCCUCUGAGAGAACACACUGUAAACACUGCUGAUGACUCCUCCUCCGCCUCCCUCCACUGCUGCUCCUCCCCUUUCCACCUUUCUCCUAAAGACUAAUGGAAACCAAUCUGGAUGCAGUGGGCGACCAGUUUUGAACGGAACCGAGAGUGGGCGGGUCACCGUGGGACAAAUAUAUGAUCAAGGACAGUGCAUAAAGACUGACUUGACAAACACCAGACACUUUUUUGUUGUACUCUGAGGCAGACUGCAAGCUUGGGACUUGUCAAAAGACCCCCCCCCCCUCCUCAAAGACUCUGGGUCUUUUCUCUUUUUCCAACUUCAAAAAACAGAUUUCGUACAAAAGAUAUAUAAAUAUAUAUAGAAAAAGUUAAGGAACUAUUGUAAUUGACAUGUCCAGAACAGAAUGGCGGGUUGAAAUGAGGACAUGUUUUCUGAGAUUAGAAAUUGUUGUACUCCCUCACUGUUUGAAUGUUUUCAUACCCAUCGAGAGCAUUGAGAGAGACCUUUCAGUUGUAUCACAUUUGUACAUUAUUCUAAUUAACAAAAGAUGUUGAAAUUUAUCUCCAGUCUACACAUGCAAACACACAACAACACAUGCACACACACACACACAUACACACACACACACACACAAACGUGCACAGAAAACAAUUCGUAAUGAAUACACCUACUAUUCCAGGUUGGUUUUGUUUUCCUUUUUUCUUUAUUUUUUUGCUUCCAAAAAUAUGGAAAAAAAUGAUUGUAUGAACGUGGUUGUAUGAUAUGGUCACAGGUCCUUUCAAGAAAUCAAAUUAAUGAAGAUUCAUUAUUAAGGUGUAUUUUAAGUAGCCUUUAAGUUUGUGUAUAUAAGCUGUAUUCAUUUCUUUAAAACUAUGAAGAGUUUUAGGCUUCACCUGAUUUUUUUUUUUUUUUUUUUAAGAAUACCUUUUAUCUGUUUUGUUUAUAGGUUUGUGAUGCAAGAAAACACAGUUUGAGCACAUUUAACUGAAGGAAGUUCUUUCAUGUUUUGUGUCCUACUAAAUACUGGACAGAUCCUUAACCAAUCACUGGCUGUUCAGAAUGUGGUUUUCACAGACAAGUUCAAACCCCCCCCACCCCCCUUCACUUUAAAAAAAUGUUUUACAUACAGUAGAAUGACAAAGUAGCACUCCAGUCGGGGCAUAGCUUUUUUUUGGGCCAUGUAGCAGAAAGAGAUGAUGUUUUCUGAAAAUGGUAAGCCAGAUGCCACUUGUAGCCCGCCAGGUUCAAGUGAGCCAAGCUCAGCUUCAAAGAGGGUUAAAAUGUGAAGAAUGGUGUACAUACACACUGUAUUAAAACACAAGUGAUUCUCAGUUGUCGCUGAAUGGAUCACUAAUCUGUAGUGGAUGGGAAAAGACGAGAUUGUAGUGAUACCUCUGCUAUGUCAGUUGUCAGUCGAGUGAAGGUCCCAAAUGUGAUGUCUCUCACAGAAUCUCCCCCCUGGCAACCUAAAAAAAGAGUGUGUGACUUUUUGCCGGACCCAGAGCAACCUCGCACCCUGUGACUCACUUUUCGCCAAAACGCCUUCACCGUUAACACACACUUUUCAUCUAGACCGUUGUUACUGUACACACGCCAAUGUCUCAGGAAGGAAUCAUUUUGUGUGCUUGGCCUGUUCUAUGUUCUGUGCUGCACCCCCUAACCCUCCUAUCACAGAUGCACACAUACACUUCUGCUACUGAGCCCCUGAAUCUCUCUUCAGUCACUCAACUUUGUUCAGCCUGGCAGACCAGGACUUGUGCAGAGAGACACUGACCCUGACCCCGCAACGUUCCGACAUAGGAUGCCAGUGUGGAGUCUCUCCGAGUCGUUCAUGUUCUUUUUAUUUGAACGGUCAAAGCUGCUUUCAACAUUUAGGACUUCACCUGUCCAGAACAGCGCACAACUUUUCCCUCCACAGCUAAUCUGGAAUAGCAACAGACACACCGUCAGUUUGAGAAAUAUGGAAUAUGUUGCAAUUUUGUCAAGAUUAUCAAGUGACUUUGGAAAAAAAACAAAACAAAAAAAAAGAUACAAAAAUAAAA